CCCGAAGCGCCGGGACGUCUGCACUGACGUCGGACUGGACUCGGUUCAGGAUCAGCUCUCCCUCUCUCCAACGCUCCUCAGCAGUCACCUGCACGCGUGGAGACCACCGCUGCACCCCGCCAGACGACGAUGUGGAGAAAGGCUGACUGGCCUGGUAGAGACAUGCGUCGGGAGAUGGAUGCGAAAAGCCACACCGGGUAGGCAGUCUCUGGUUCCGCCAUUUGGUCGACCCGUCUCCGGCUAUCGUCCGCGGAUACCUCCGCCUCCUCCCGCCACCGCUGCCUUGGUCCCCAUAUAUAUGUUGGGCACCCACUCCCCGCACAGAUCUCCACUUUCCUUUUCCCGUUCCUCCGCACACCGCGGUCCCCGACAACUCUCCCCUCCCUCUCCCCUUCACGACCCUUCCUCUAUCUUACGACAUGCCCACAUCAAUCCCCAACAGCGAGACGACUACGGUCGUCCAGGACGAGCACCCCAUCUACCGCCCCGCAGGGUACACGGAGGGGCAGGAGCUCACCAACCCACGCUCGCACGAUGAGAACCAGCCCGAUAUUUCCUUUCCCUUCAUCACCACCGAUAUCAAUCGCGGCGGUCUUACGAACGAAUAUCGUGGGGUGGCCAAGGAGGGCUUCGUUCCAGCUGACCAGGCGUUACGGCCAAUACCUACGCAUGUGUCGGACGUCCCUCAAGCCCUCCGGGAUCCGGAAAAGGCAGCCCAGCUUCGGGACAUGAAGUUGGUAACAUGGCUGCCAGACGACCCGGAGGAUCCUCGUAAUUGGUCCAACCUCUACCGGUGGUACCUCACCGGCGUGUGUGCGAUGUCGGUCGUUGCGGUCGCCUUCGCGUCAGCAGUCGUUACGGGUGACUUCACUGACAUCCAAGACGAGUUUCAAGUCGGCGAGGUUGUUGUCGCCUUGAGCGUAUCGCUCAUGGUCUGUGGCUUCGGUAUCGGCCCUCUUGCCUGGUCACCUCUGAGUGAACUCAUUGGCCGACGAUGGCUAUGGAUCGUCCCCAAUCUCAUCUACGUCAUCUUCAACAUCCCCUGCGCCGUCGCCACCAACAUCCAGACUUUACUCAUCUGCAGAUUCUUCGCCGGUAUCUUCGCGUCUGCGCCAUUGACACUCGCCGGUGGUACCAUCUCCGACAUCUGGGACAACAAUGAGCGUGGCUUCGCCAUUGCCCUGUUCGCCGCGGCUCCUUACGGUGGACCUGUCCUCGGCCCCAUCGUUGGUGGUUUCGUCGGUGAGAAUAUCGGCUGGCGGUGGAUUAUCUGGGUGAACAUGAUUUUCGCCGGUGUCAUCGCUAUCUUCUGCUGCACCAUCCCCGAGACGUUCGCGCCCGUGCUCUUGAAGCGUCGUGCCGCACGGCUGCGGAAGGAGACCGGCAACCCGAACAUCACCACCGAGCAGGAACUCUUCAAGCGACCGCUUUCUGACAUUGUCAUCGAGACACUUAUCCGUCCUUUCCAGAUGCUUGUGACUGAGCCCAUUUUGCUGCUCAUGUCCAUGUACAUCGCCCUCAUCUACGGUCUGCUCUACGCGUUCUUCUUCUCCUUCCCCGUCGUCUUCGCCGAGGAGUACAAGUUCGACGAUGGCCACACCGGCCUGACGUUCUGCUCCGUCCUGAUCGGCCUCGCCAUCGCGCUCUUCGUCACGCCCCAGGUCGAGAAGAACUAUCAAAAGCGUGCAGCGGCCAAGGGCGGCAAGGCCGACCCCGAGGACCGUCUCGUCGGUAUGAUGAUCGGAUGCUGGUUCGUCCCCAUCUCCUUGUUCAUCUUCGGCUGGACGAGCCCGCCCGUGGUCAUGCCCGGCGGUGGCAACUGGGUCGGCCCCGUGUCGUCCGGUAUCCCCUUCGGCUUCGGCAUGGUCAUCAUCUACUUCUCCGCCAACGCGUACCUCAUCGACGCAUUCCCCGGCUAUGUCGCGUCUGCGCUUGCUGCGAAGACCGUCAUCCGUUCCGGGUCCGGCGCUGCGAUGCCGCUGUUCAUCGAGGCGAUGUACCACAACCUCGGUAACGGCUGGGCGGCAUCAGUUUGGGGCUUCAUCUCUCUUGCUAUGAUUCCUAUCCCGUUCCUCUUUUACCGAUACGGUAAAGCCAUCCGUGCGCGCUCAAAGCGUGCGGUUGCAUAGACGUUCAUUCCUCCGGUUUCGUUUACGUUCUCCUGCGACCUCCCUCCUCUAUUUCCCUACCACCGCAUUCGUCCGUCCCGUGCAUCAUAUGUCCUAUUUUCCGCACCCGGGUAAGAUCCUAGAGUUUCUCUGCCUCGCUUCACACCGCAUAGCAUUCUCGCCACACGUUACACCACACACUAGCUAGAGUCAUGGGUAGAUGCGCUGUGUAAGUUAUCUGUCCAGCAUACCCGCUCGAGUACUCGCAAUACAUUAGCAUAAUCGCGCGCUUUACUAGACAUCUGGUGCCUGCGAGAAGUUCGAC